GAUUAUACACACUAAAUGGUAGUGCGCAAAAGUAAAAUUUCUUUGUGAACAUUGCGAUACAAGCGAAAAAUUUUACAGGGAAAGAACGAACAUUUUGACCCUUAGCUACAUGUCGCAAUUUCAUGAACAUAUUGUAUAUGGAAGGGGCAAUUUUGUACGAUAAGGAUUUUCUCGAUUUUUGAUGACUUCACACAAACCACAAAUGUAACAAUUUCAUUGGCUUCCUCCACGGACCAUAACAAUCAUUCACCAUGCGUUUCUCCAGUUUUAUUUUUAUUUUACUAAAUUUUCUUGUGGCGGUCCAUGGCCGAACAGAAGAGGACGAGGGUGUUAAAUAUGCAGACAAAUGCGAAGUAUGUAAAAUACUAGCGGUAGAGUUGGAACAAAGACUGCAAGAGACAGGGAAGUCGCGAGAUGUUUUAGAAACAGGGUAUUCGUUGGACGAUGUCAAGCCGAAGAAGAAAAAGGAAUAUCACAAAUCCGAGCUGCGAUUAAUCGAGUCUUUGGAAGGAGUUUGUGAUCGAAUUUUAGAGUAUAAUAUACAUAAAGAACGCGAGGAUAGUACACGUUUCGCUAAGGGUAUGAGUCAAACAUUUCAAACUUUACACGGUUUAGUCGACAAGGGUGUUAAAGUUGAACUGGGCAUUCCCUAUGAGCUUUGGGACAAACCGAGUGCGGAAGUUACGAAUAUGAAGACUCAGUGUGAGACCGUUUUGGAACACAGUGAGAACGAUAUAGAAGACUGGUAUUGGAAUCAUCAAGAUCAGCCGCUUACAAACUUCCUAUGUCGAGAUAGAUAUUUGAAAGGCCAAGACAGUAAGUGUCUGGAUGAGCAGCUGAAGGGCGAUACAGGAAAGGAAACUACGACGAAAAGUGAAUUAUAAUUUUAUACUACAACAAUAAAGAACUAUUCAUUUUGC